UUGUCCGUAGAGUAAAUUUGCUAGAGGUGUUGUUUUGUUUUUAUUUCGCCGUCUGUAAAAUAUAAAUCUUUUCCGCUAGUUGAGAGAGUUUUAGAAAAUAUUUUUAAUGUUUUGCUCUCCUCAUUUUUAACAACAAUCCGCGCACUGUACAUUUCCCCCACAAAAUUUUUUUCUAUCCCCGGCCAUCUCCAAUUACUCCCGAAAAUAAAAAUAAAAAUGACCAGCAUGUGAGAGCAAAAAAAUAUUUUUUUAUCAUUCUUGAUCCUUUUUUCUUAUUUAAUUUUAGAUCAGAACUUUAAUAGAACUCUUCACAGGGUACACUCCGAUGUACCGCGAGCCCAAUGUAUCGCCGAGCUAUAACUUUGUUCAAAAUUGCCGAAUCCGUGGCCCCUGGUAUGGUUCGAUUCAGCUGGUCGAGACGCAUCGAACCAUACCAGGACGCCACGGAUUCGACAAUUUUGGACGAAGUUAUAGCUCGGCGGUACACUGGCCUGCUCCCCUCUUCACAUUUUCUUCUUCAUUUUUUAAUUUUGACAUUUUAUUUUUUAAAUUAUGCCGGUUUAUUUUGGCUGUGCUCAUUAUGCGAUGAUAGUAAUCAUUUUUGUGUUGACGUUACUUUCAUCAAAAAAAUUCACCGCCAAAUAUUCAUUU